UCAUCAAACUAUAGCAUAAGAUUAUAACACAAAGUUUUGAGAAAAUUUUAAAUAAAAAUGGGGAGAGGAAGAGUGCAGCUGAAGAGGAUAGAGAAUAAGAUCAACAGACAAGUAACUUUUUCGAAGAGAAGAAGUGGACUUGUGAAGAAAGCUCAUGAAAUUUCUGUUCUUUGUGAUGCUGAAGUUGCUCUCAUCAUUUUUUCUCACCGAGGAAAACUCUUUGAGUAUUCUUCUGAUUCUUCUAUGGAGAAGAUCCUAGAAAGGUAUGAGAGGUAUUCUUACGCAGAAAGACGGCUAGCUUCAAAUGAUCCAGACUCACAGGUAAACUGGACCUUUGACUUCGCAAAACUGAAGGCGAAGCUUGAACUUCUACAAAGGAAUCAUAGGCACUACUUAGGACAAGAGCUUGACUCGCUUAACAUGAAGGAACUUCAGAGUUUAGAGCAACAACUUGAUACUGCUCUCAAAAAUGUUCGAUCUAGGAAGAACCAACUGAUGCACGAGUCCAUUUCUGAACUCCAGAAGAAGGAGAGGGCAAUGCAGGAGCACAAUAACAUCCUGUCUAAGAAGAUCAAGGAGAGAGGAAAAAAUCUAGAGCAAGUGCAACAGAUGCAGUGGCAGAACCAGCACCAGCACCAGCACCAGCAGCAGCCGCCACCGCCGCCACAAAAUCAUCAAGUUCCUCCUGACGCAUCAAAUUUCAUGCUCCCACCUCCAAUUCCUUCUUUGAACACGGGUGGGUACCAAGGACAAUUUGGUGGAGAAGUAAGGAGGAAUGAUCUUGACCUGACGCUAGAACCGAUAUACUCAUGUCACAUGGGAUGCUUUACAACAUGAGAGAGAAUAGUAAGCUCAAGGUAUGAGACAAUGUAUUUUGUAUGAUAAUGGGGGUGAAGACUAAAAUACACCUAUUAUAAUUUAGAGGUGUUUGUUGUUUGUGUGUUGAAUGGUUUGCCAACUCUAUGUGGAAACGACAUGUUAAAAUCAUUAUGCUUCUAUUAAUUUGGAACCAGUCGUAAACUCGUAAUUGGUUUCGAAGCUUGUUUGAUGCACGAGUCAGAAUUUUGUUAUCUUUAC